AUGAGGACCAAGUACAAUCAAUAUAUACUUCCCAAUUCUGGGUUAUGUUUGUUACUAUUAUCGCAUUUCCUCAAUUCGAUUAUGAUUGCUAGUUGUAAAUUGUUGGUUACUGAUAAGGAUUCAAAUGUGCCGAUUCACCCUUUGCAAAUCUUGUUCAUCCGUAUGUUGAUUACGUAUGUGCUAUGUUUGAUAUAUAUGGGAGUAACAAGGUCGAUCCCAGAAGCUCCCUUUGGACCGAAAAAGGUUCGUACAUUAUUGAUUAUGCGGGGGUUACUUGGAUUUUUCGGGGUGUUUGGGUUGUAUUUUUCUUUGCAAUAUUUGAGUGUUUCUGAUGCGGUGGGGAUCACGUUUUUAGCUCCUAUGGUUACCGCUUUUUUGGCGUUUAUAGUUCUUGGAGAAAGUUAUUCUAUUUUGGAAGCAGUAUGUUCGGUUGUUUCAUUCGGUGGGGUUAUUUUGAUUGCAAAACCUUCGUUCAUAUUUGGGGUGAUAUCUGAUGCAGAAACGUCGGAGUUGGAUGAAGCUACCGAGUCUGGGUCUACCGAAAAGAGAGUCAUUGCCACUGUUGUUGGGCUAUUGGGUGUUUUUGGGGUCCUGAGUGUUUAUGUAGUGUUGCGAAAGAUAGGUAAGGACAUUCAUCCAUUGUUAUCUGUGAGUUAUUUUUCCUUAUGUUGCUGCAUAAUUACAUUUUUUGCAAUUUUGGUUAUCCCAUCAUUAUCCUUUGUAUUGCCUGCUGAUGGCUAUCAAUGGUUUUUAUUUAUGGUUAUUGGGAUUUCUGGUUUCUUUAUGCAGUUUUCGCUUACUGCCGGUAUUCAACGAGUCAAGGCCUCCCGAGCAGCAAUUAUGGCCUAUUCCGGUAUGGUAUUUGCAUUAUUUUGGGAUUUGACCGUUUGGGGUCAUUUGCCUGAAUUUUUAUCGUUUUUAGGAAUGAUGUUGAUUGUCGGAAACGCCAUCAUCAUUAUGAAGUUCAAGCCUUUGGAUAACCAAAGUGCUAGUGAUGAUGGUCCUGAGGAUAUAGAGAGGAAUGGACAAUAUAAUAAAUUGGAGGAUGUUGCUAUUGCAAUGACAGAUUUCAGUGAUACUGAUGAUCUGGUUAAUAGAAAUAAUAGAUAG